GACUUUGAGUAUUUGAAUUUUCGUUUUAUUUGAUAAUCACAAUUUAUUUUACCUAGUAAUUAAAUCAAAAUUGUUUGAAGAGUUCAUCAACCAAAGGAAAUAGACUAAAUGAAUCAUGUUACCGGAAUCUACAACUAUUUAUCAUGAAAAACAAUCUAAGGAGUUAUGUGCAUUACACGCUCUCAACAAUUUGUUUCAAUCAAAAGAGGCAUUCAAACAAAUGGAACUUGAUGCUAUAUGUUUUUCACUGUCUCCCAACAACUAUAUAAAUCCACAUCGUUCAAUUUUAGGUAUUGGUAAUUAUGAUGUCAAUGUAUUGAUUGCUGCAUUACAAAACAAAGGCUAUAGUGCCUUUUGGUUUGAUAAAAGAAAGAGAGAGCACUUCAUGGGCGGCGGCUUUAACAUAUCCGUUUUAGCGAAUUCCCACCUCAAAAUCUUCCUGUACGAUGGCCGCUGCCGACACCGCGGAGCUAAUUCAUUUGGAUGCGUGAGCGAGAAGGACCCAAAAAUGUUGAAAUUGGAUAAAAUAUUUGGUUUUGUUAUGAACAUACCCAGUGAAUGUCGUUUGGGAUUUUUGUGGCUGCCAUUAAAGCGAAGACAUUGGAUAUCUAUCAAAAAUAUUAAUGGAAUUUAUUACAAUCUAGAUUCAAAAUUACCUAAUCCAUCACAAAUUGGAAAUGACGAAGAUCUUUAUAAUUAUUUUAGAAACCAACUUCAUGUAAAUGACAAUCAAUUGUUUGUUGUUGUUACUGGUGAUAAUAAUAAUUGGAUUGCAUCAGAAGACACUUCAGUUGAUCAACAACCAAUACAGUCACUCGAUAAAAGAUAGUUUAAUAUAAAUAAUCAAUAAAAUGUAUGCAACAUAUUACCAAUAUAUAUGAGCCAAACCAUCUACUGAUAUUGCAUUAGAUUGGUAAAAAUGGCAUACUAAAAUGUGA